GGCGUAGUCAAGGCGGAUACGCAUCAAUCAACAUGCCUUGAUGCCUCUUGGUCUUUUUCUGUGAACUGAAGCAAACACGUUGUGCUCGGAGUUGCUGAGGCGGCUGCUGCUGAUCGGCAGGCAAACAGGCAUAACGACGGGGGCAGAGUGCAGCAAACGAGGUUCCCCGGGAAACGUUUCUAUGAUCUUUACAACAGCAACUCUCAGAUUUGCCCACUGAGCGGCACAAGUCAUGUACCAAGUUGUACCGGGAGGAGCGGGAGGCACAAUUACAGAUGUUAUCCCCAAGCAGAAGCACAGAAAGGACACUCGACCCUUAGUCGGAGCUGGGGUAAUCGGCCUGGUGCUGGUAAUUGCAGCAGUGACUGCAUGGUGUUAUUACAUAGCCUCUAUACGCAAAGCUGAGCUGCUUAAGACUCAGCUCCUGGAUCUGAAUAAAGAUGGCUACAUUAUCCGUAACCAGGGAGGGUCUAUUGUUUUCAGAAUGGAUUUCAGGUCAGGUACGCUGGAUUUGGAUUCAUGCUCCAAAGAAGGGGAGAUGCUUAGCUGUGGACGCACCACUGAUAGAAAUCUGAACUUCUUUAUUGAGACAGUGCGACCCAAGGACACAGUACAAUGCUACCGUGUGCGUUGGGAGGAACUGGUUCCUGAAAUUCCUGUUGAGCAUGCCAUGACAUACACUUUUGCACACUGGUAUGGUGGUGCAGUGUCAGCAAUUCAACACUGGCCUAUUUCCAUUAAGGGCCAACAGGCUCCGAAACCCUUUGUUACAAGUGACAUCUACAAAAACCGCAAUGAAUUCGGGGGAAUUUUGGAGAGUUAUUGGCUUUCAUCUAACGCUACGGCCAUCAAGAUAAAUAAUUCAGUGCCCUUCCACCUAGGCUGGAAUGACACAGAGAAGACCAUGUCCUUCCAGGCGCGAUACAAUGAUAGUCCCUUCAAGCCAAACCCAGGAGAGGCACCAUGUGCUGAACUUAGCUACAGAGUGUGCGUGGGCUUGGAUGUGACAUCCAUACACAAGUACAUGGUCCGCAGAUACUUCAACAAACCAAACAAAGUGCCUGCCAAAGUGAUGUUUCGCCAUCCUAUAUGGUCGACCUGGGCACUACAUAAGACUGACAUUGACCAAGAGAAAGUCUUGACGUAUGCUGCCAACAUUCGCAAGUAUAACUUUAACUGUAGCCACCUGGAGGUAGAUGAUCGCUACACCAGGCGCUACGGAGAAUUCGAGUUUGACCCAACAAAGUUCCCCAAUGCCUCGGCCAUGUUCCAAAAGCUAAAAUCAGAUGGAUUUCUGACAUCGCUUUGGAUUCACCCUUUUGUUAACUAUGACUCGGAAAACUUCCAUACUUGCGUAGAGAGGGGGCUGUUUGUCCGGGAGCCUACGGGACGGCUGCCAGCCUUGGUGCGCUGGUGGAAUGGCAUCGGCGGCAUUUUGGACUUCACAAAUCCAGAAGCCCGUGAUUGGUUUUCUUCCCAGCUACGCUCACUGCGCUCCAGGUACGGGGUGACAUCUUUUAAAUUUGAUGCAGGGGAGACUAACUACUUACCAUGGCAAUUUAGUACCAGAACUCCUAUUCGGGACCCGAGUUUUUUCACAAGACGUUACACAGAAAUGGCUAUUCCCUAUAACGAUAGAGCUGAGCUGCGCAGUGGCUACCAGUCCCAGAACAUAUCCUGCUUCUUCAGACCAAUCGACAGAGACUCUGUUUGGGGCUACGAGUUAGGGCUCAAAUCUCUUAUCCCCACCGUGCUCACCAUCAGCAUUCUCGGCUAUCAGUUCAUUCUACCAGACAUGAUCGGAGGGAAUGCCUAUUUGAACCGCACAGAUGGAAAUCAUGUGUUACCCGAUCGAGAACUCUAUAUCCGCUGGCUGGAGCUGAUAGCCUUCAUGCCCUCCAUGCAGUUUUCUAUUCCGCCAUGGGAAUACGACAACGAGGUGGUUGAAAUUGCACGUAAAUACACAGCCCUCCAUGAGAGUAUUGUGGCGCCCAGGGUCCUGGAGCUGGCUAGUGAGGUGCUGGACACCGGGGACCCAAUCAUACGGCCCCUGUGGUGGAUUGCCACAGGUGAUGAGACAGCCUAUAAAAUCGACUCACAGUUCCUGAUUGGGGAUGACCUCAUGGUAGCCCCAGUUUUAGAGCCUGGAAAGCAAGAGCGCGACAUCUACCUCCCUGCCGGCCGUUGGAAAAGCUACAAGGGGGAGAGAUUUGAUAUCAAGGAGCCACUCCAUCUCACAGACUAUCCUGUAGACCUUGAUGAAAUUGCUUACUUUGUUUGGGUGUAGGAAGAAGGUAAAGUGAAGCUGAACGGAGUUCAUUCGCCUUUGCUGCAAUUUGUUUCUAAGACAAGCUCCACAAAUUCAGCUUUUAUGCAUGACUUUUAUGCUUGUAUGAAAAUGUUGUUAUGGAAAAGCUUUUCUGUAACAAAAUGUUAUAUUACAUCAGAAAAGUGAAACUCAAACAUGUUAAAAACCUCAUCUCAUUUUUUGUUAAGUAUUUUUCAUUUGUUUGUGGCGUUAAGAAAAGAUUGCUAGGUAGUACCCUUUAAAGAGCGAUUGAGUAACUUUUGCUGAAUGGCAGCCACUGUAGCCCUAAGUGGCAACUAUGGGCUAAUAAUAGAUGUAACAGUAGCACAAGUAGAGAAGAAUCAUACAAGUCUACAAACUGAUUCAAUAACAUCAGUUACACAGCAAUAACCUUUUAAAGUUUGCUAACAUUAGCCACCUUAAGCUACUGGUCAUACCAGACCAAGAAAGGCUGUAGCAGCAAAAUCCCAGCAUGUGUAUAAGUAACAUACUCUCCCUUUAAUGCCUGUGCAAGUGAUGUGCAUUCAACAAUUGUCAAAAAGGGAAUAUGCAAACUGUGAAUUAAGUAAAGCAUAGUUAUUGUAUGUCGUACAGUUGAAGAAGCCAAACAGAUUGUAUCAUGCAUUAAGUAGAUAACAGGCUACCUAAAACCUUCUUAUUGAUAAAAUAGAUUCAGUUUGACUGGAAUAUCCCACUUCCCUUUGACACUAAUGACUCUUCUACGCUUCUGCUCCGAGAUACUUUUCAGGAAGUCAGGUUUUAUGCUUCACUUAUCAGGAUGAAUUCUUGAAGUUUAAUCAUUACAAACUGCGUGUGCUCUCAUUUGUGGAACACAGUGUCAUGUAACUACUCUUAGCGCAGAAGGAGAUGCCUUUUAUUAGGCACUAAAUAUUUUAUGCUCUUCCUCAGGUAACAGCUUUUUCUGGCUGUAGUGGCUUUUGAAGUGUCUGGUUGUGUCUUUGUCUUUAUUGUGCUUGGCUGACUCUGUAUGCAGCUGGACAGCUAUAGUCACACUAUUAGUGUCUAAUACAUUGAACACAAUAACCUGAUAAUGGUCUGGAUACUUUACACCUUCUUGCUACGCAGAAGUCUAUAGAUGAAUGAAUUUAUGAGCAUUUAAUUAUGAAAUGGUAUGAUGCAUUUUGUCACCUUGUGUUUGGUCAAUGUCAUAUUUUGUAACUGCAGUAAUAUCUCUUAAGUGCCAUGUUAAUAAUUACUGCAACAUACUAUAUGUGAUUUUUUUAAUGCUAUACAUUGAAUAUUUUCUGUUGUUACAUAUUGUACAUUUAUUAUGCAAUAUUAUUAAUUUAACCCUUUAAUGGGGUGAGUUAUAACCCUUUAUGCGCAAUCCCGGUUCCACAGAAUGUACCACAAAAGCCACAACGUCUGAAAACAUUUGUUUUUCAUACUUUGAACAGAUGUAACUGAUAUUUAUUGUCUCAUUACACUCGGCGGUAAGGCAGCAAGUGACUCCUUUCAAAGUAAAACCAAUGAAGAAUAAUAUCGGUAUCAUGGUCCAGCUGUACAAAUAAAGGCUUCUGAAUCCCAGAGCUCUUUUAAUUCUAACAUGAAAACUUCCUGUGGCUCUCGUGUUAGCUUUUAAAAAAGUCCUGGUGGAUUCUGAUGAAGUUUGAAGCUGCAAUAAAACGAAGGGUUACUGUGAAGUGACAAAAAGGAAAUGUUCACAUUCUUAUGGUGCAAUGUUCUGUUUUGGCCCUUCUUUUUGUGUAACGCUGUCUAUGUGGCUUACAGGUUGACCUCAGUGGAUUUUGUUGACAUAGUUUCAUCAUAACAACUUCCCUAUUUAUAGCAGUUCUCACCCAGCAUCUGGGCCAGGCCAACCUCUGAGGCUAUUUCUAUCUCAGACUGUCUUGUUUUAUGACGAGACUGAGAGGCUGUAUUUCUCGGACUGAAUGUUUCUUUGCUUUUGGCUCUUUUGAGCCAGCGCGUGCUGUCUGCCUGGGGUUAUUAUAACUGAACAUUGCACUAAUUUCGGCAGGAGUUUAUAUCGGAUUUUGUUUGAAUGUAUUAAAAUAAAUCCAGUUUGACUGCGAGCAUUUUUAUUGUGCUGGAUUUGCAUGGUACACACUAAUCUGUUUUAAAAGUACACAUCACAUGGAAGCACACUUGCUUCAUUUUGCUGCAUGACAACCACUACCAGAUGACUCAUUGUAAAUGAAAGAGAGCAGUAAGUGCCAAACUUUUACUUAUUUAGACAUCUACACAUAAUACGA